GCGACGGAGAGACUGAAGUGAAGGGGCCAUGGAGCCUGCGCAGGAGGGAGAGAGAGGUCAAUUACCAAAACCCUUCACACCUCAGCAAACAAGAGAUCUCAUCCUAAAUCUUACCCAACCCACUGUCUUCAACCAUAUGGUGUCUGAUUGGCCGGCCUCAGCUUGGAAUGUCGACUACCUGUCAUCUGUACUAAGGGAUAACCUGUUGUGCUUCAGGAUUGGGAGGAAGGUGUUAAAUACAGAACCCCAGUUUGAAACCCAUUGCAGUUACAUCAGUGGCACCCUAGGGCAGUUCCAGAAGUGGGUCGGUGGAACUUCACAAGAUGAUUGGGGCUCAUUCUCUGAUUAUGAUCACUCUGAAUACUGGGCCUAUGCAGACUACAAAUACCUGGCGGUAGUGUUUAAAGACCAAGCAGAGAUGCUGCAGGACGUGGUGUGGGCGGAUUUUGGGUUUCCCGGAAGAGAUGGCAAGGAAAGUUCCCUCUGGGUUGGUAGCUUCGGGGCCAAUACUCCAUGCCAUGUGGAUUCCUAUGGCUGCAAUUUGGUGCUACAGGUGGAAGGCAGGAAAACAUGGCACCUUUUCCCCCCAGAAGACACCCCAUACAUGUACCCCACCAGAAUACCGUAUGAGGAGUCCAGUAUUUUCAGCAAAGUCAACAUUGUAAAGCCAGACCAGAGCCGCUUUCCUUUAUUCUCCAGGGCCAGCCCACAUGUGGUCACUUUACACCCAGGCCAGGUUCUCUUCGUGCCCCAACACUGGUGGCAUUACGUUCAGUCAGUCGAUGACAUCACAGUCAGCAUUAAUUCCUGGAUAGAGCUGGAUUCUGAUCAUGAAUUUCGCGUGCAGGAGGCCAUAACACGGACACUUGUGUGUCUGUUCAAAUCUGUUGAUCCCCGCAGCACCCUAGACUGGCUCAAUCCAACCGAGGAUGAGGUCCCCUCCCACCAGACCAACAUGCAGUACCUGAGCAGAUCGGUUGCCGCCUACGCAGAGCAUCACAAGCAGGAGCAACAGAGCAGUGACAGCUGCCCAGGAAACUCGGGUCCCAAAAAGAGAAAGACGGGGAAAGAUGCAAAAGCUGCAGAAGACGUCUCCCUCCCCAGUGCACCUUUUGGGCCCUUUCUCACUCCUGUUUUACCCAUUCCUAAAGGGACCAAUCUAGGAAGGGCAGAGAAUUCCUUAGCUGAUAAGCAGCAGAAUGCUAGUACAGAGAUACAACCCCACCCCAUGGUCAAAGCAUAUGACUCCAGCCCUGGACAAUCAAACUCAGGCCGAAUCAUAUCAAGUGAUGAGGUGAUGGACUGCUUGGUGGAUCCCCGAGUCAUCCAGCUUGUAACUGAGCUCUUGCUGCAAAGGCACAACCCUUAAUCUCCAGGCAGGUGUCAUGCCUCCUACUGCAUUAUAUAGUGGAAGUUAGUAUCUCAGGGUACUUCCAGCCUCAGAAGAGCAAUCAGUAUUGGGUUUCUAGUCCAGGCAGUUUCCUUCAUGGAUAUGUACCUUACUGCUUCUGCACAAUAGAGAGAGCACUAGGAACAUUGAGAUCUAAGGAGAAACUCUAGACUUUUUGUUGCUGCAGAACAACAUUAUGUAUAACAGCGCCCCUAGUCUUGUUUCUUUAUAUCUCUUGGACCUAUUUUAAUGGAAAAUUCUAUAUAGUUAGUAGGCUCUGGUAUUUCUGGAAGAUUGGCUCAGAGGUUACUGCAUAGAAAACCUGCAAAAAAACGGAUUCAUAGAUGAUUAUUAGCAUUACCGCUUCUCACCAGUAUAACCCAACGACUAAUGUGUCUCAUAAGGCUGCAAUAAAACAGCACCACCAUCUGAUCUGAUCCACACUAUCAUCUUUAACAGUAGGAUCACAUUGGAUUUUACUGGUCAAAAUCUAAAAAUCCAGUUGGCUGAUUGUGCUACUAUGACCUGAGUUUUCUAUCCAUCAGUCUUGUCUUGCAGUGCCAUCAUUGUGGUGUGUGCUGCUGCUGUACAAACGCUGUCAGUUGCCUGACUCUGGUGCUUCUGGUAAUGACAUUUGUAUUCUGGGUUUGACAGACUGCUCCCUGUAGGUACUGAACUGGAGCCAGUCAGGGAUCCACAGGUUCAGUAUUUUCCUUUUAAAAAAUUAUGUUCGCAAGAAAUGGUGCCGAAUCUUAUAAAGUGCAGACCAACUGAAUCUUCUGUGCCACUUUAUGGCAUUUCCAUGAUGCCACCUCUUUACUUCUCGUUAUAGUGUUUAUCUCUUUCCCCCCCUCUCUCUUUUGCCCUCCCUUCUGUUGCUUUCUGUUUUUUUUGGGAAAUGCAGAACUGGGUCUCUGGUUCUUGCACUUGAAACAUUGUAUCAGAUAUCGAUUCUCUUCCAGGUCUGUAAUUAGCAUGCCUCUGCUACACUAUUUCAGGAGUCAGCCAGCAGUGCAGAGAAUAUAAACAGAUUGCUUCUAAUAGCAAUAGCGGUUACGCCUAACUAUAAACGGAAGAAAUGGAUAUUGGGAAGUUGCUUGGACUUACAGUGUAUUUUCUAUCAUUAGACAAAACACAAUUUUUGGUUUAGUUUUCCUUUAACAAAGUUGCUAUCUCAGUACCAGUCUCAUGUUCUGAUGGGAUUGAUGCUGAUUUAUCCACCAGAGAGGUUCUUUUAUUCUUGUUUUCCAGUUUUUGCCAUUACUUUAGAUCAUGUGACCUUUUUGCAGAUAUUAAUGAAUUCUAAGUUUCCCCUUAUUUCCCAAAACUUUCCAUUACUGCAUUGCUAUUGGCCCCGCGCUACAUUAUUGCACCAACUUGUUUCUUCUGCAUUUGUGCCUCCGGCAGUUUGUAGCUGCGAGACAAUGUAACAGCGUUUCAGGGGUCCACGUGACUCUUAAUGUGCCAUAAUGAUGCUUUUAGCAGUGCAAUAAAUUAGCUCUUACAAAA